AUGGAAGAAGCUAUCGAUCAAGUAUUGAAUUCUCAUACAUUUAAAGCUGGCACCCAAAUUGAAAUGCGUUCAGGAAUUUUGGAUAUUAUUUUAUUUGGAGUUACCGCUGUAAAAGCGUCAAAUGAUCGCAAGUUGGGUGUAGGGUCUGUCCGAAGAUAUUGUAGAGAUGUAAAGAUUCUUCUGGAGAGUGUUUUGGGCAAUGAUGUGGCUGAUGAAGAAUUCUUUGAGAAUUUGGAGGACAAGGAGAAUAUAACGAUUGCUGACUUGAAGGAGGCGAUCAAGGAGUACAAAAAGGAGAACAUCAUUGAUGCAACUACUACAAAUACCGAAAAAUUAAAGGAGACUGAGUUGGAUAAAUCUAAAUCUUUGCCAAAAAAGCGUCCACCUCCAAUUCAGGCAAACAAAGUAAAGGGUUAUCUUCCACAACAAAAACGACAACGUCAAGAUGAUUCUUCUAUUGAUACAAUUAUUAUUCCUCCUCCACCAAAUAAUAAUGUUGUUGCAAUAACUCCUCGAAGGAAUUCAUUACCUACCAAUAAUAACCAACAAAAUAAGCACCAAGGAAUGCCCCCAAUUAAUUGGGGAAGGACUAGACCAACAACAAAAAUUACAACUAAACAAAACAUAAUCAGCAACAAUCAAAAUCAAUUUGAUAACUGUGAAUCUUCAAAUGGCAAAUCAUUAAUGAUAUCUUUCCAUAAUAAUAGUCCAAUGCUUUUGAGUGGUCCAAAUAUUGAAAGAAAACCUUUAAAAGGAACACAAGAGCAACUUAAAAAAGAAAUUAGAGACGUUAGUUGCUUUAAUUUAAUUACCCUUUUAAAUUUUUAUUUUUUAAAGUUUCUUUCUGAAAAAUAUAAGGGUGGUUCAGGUUCAGUUGACCAAUUUGCAGACAUUUUGUCUACUUAUAUUGUGAGGAUUUUUAUUUAUUUUUUAAUUAAAUGA